AUGGAGCUAAGGACGACCGAAAAUCGGCACACCUGUACCAUCGAGGAGACGCGCACCUCCCAGGCCGAAGCUGCCGCGCUGCCCCGACGUGAAAAGGUGUGGCGAUACCUAUUGGCCCUCCGGUUGGCCUCCGAUCAGCACCCAUCGACACGGAAGCAUCUGAAAAGCACUUACCAAAUCUACAAAGAAAAUGAGCGGUUACUCGAGUGUUUCCCGUUCUACAUCGUCCACCCCUUCAGCCGGUUGCGGGCGUACGCGGAUAUGGUGACAUUCGUCGUGAUGAACCUGCACCUGAUGUUACUCCCGUUCGCGUUCAGUUUUCUCACCUUCCGAGCCCAUCCCACCUCACCGCUCAAUCGCAUCGAGUCGUACGAUCUGGAGCUGUGCUUCCUGCUUGCCGGCGAGUUUCUGCUAAAGUUCUGCACCGGCUACGUCGACCAGGACACUUUCGAGAUCGUGCUCGAUCCGAAACGGAUCGUCUGGAGGCGUUUGCGCCCGGUGCGCCUACUGUACGAUCUCGCUCUCUUCAUGCCGUACAUUCUGCUGCUGGAGGUGUUUAGGGAGUGGAUACUGGAUGCUGGGGCGGAAGUAUGCCUGGCGUUCGUGUCCCUGCUGUACCUGAGUAAUAUCGGCCGCUUCCACGACAGUAACCGCUACUUUCAAGUGAUUCCACGCACCCUGGGCGUACCGGAGGGUAGGAAGCGCAUCAUUCAGAUCAUCAUGAACACGGUGUACGUACUGCACUGGACCACUUGUCUGGGAUACAUCAUACCGCUGCUACUGAAGGCCCAUCCGAGCGCGGAAUCCUCCGAUCAGCGGCAUCUGCUGGACGUCCUGCGGAUGAUGGAGGAACAAUCGGCGAUGCACCGGAACCUGAGCGAUCUUCGCAUCGUAACCGAUCCGUUCGUGAGGCGACGAUUAACAGACAUCCAGACGAACGCUUCCACCUCGUACCGGUACUUCCGCAGCAUGAUGAUGACGCUGCGUCUCGGCUUGGCCUCGUGCGAACGGACCGAUCUCGAGCAACACUUCAUGUACCAGUGGACGAUGUGGCUCGUCAUGUUUCUCGGUUGGCUGUGGUUUAACUAUGUGCCGGUUGUACUCUGCCGGGCACUGGAUUCACCCGAAAUGGCCAACGAUCAGUACGAUCGCUUCCUGUCGAAUCUGCACGCUUACGCCCUCAACAAGCGCCUCAGUCCGCAGCUGGAGCGUAGCUUGCGGGAGAACUUUGCGACCCGCUUCCGGGCCCGCUUCUUCGAUGAGUCCAUGAUCAUGGGUUUGUUCCCGCGUAAUCUGCGCAGCAGCAUCAAGAUGGAAACCUGUCGCCAUCUGGUGGCCAGUGUGGAUCUGUUCAAGAACCUUCCCUACUCGAUCCUGGCCGAUAUCGUGGACUGUUUGCAACUGGAGGUGUACCUCGAGGGUGACGUCAUCAUAGCGGCCGGUAGCUACGGUGAUUCCAUGUACUUUCUGGCCACCGGUACGGUCGCGGUUUACGCGAUGCACGGCCGGGAGCUCGGUCAUCUUUCCGAUGGUGCUUACUUUGGCGAAAUCUCACUGAUCAAGCGGAACCAACAGCGAACGGCCAACGUGGUGGCACUGGAACCGUGCGAAAUCUAUCGUCUGCCGCACGAAGACUUUCAGAGCGUAAUCCAGCCGCAUACGUAUCUGCUGAACCGCAUUAGGAAGCAGGCGGAACAGCGGUUGGCCGCGAUGAAGCGCAAAAAAGACAAAAUGUACCGCAAGAAGCUGAUCGAAGCAUUUUUGCAGUGA